AUGGGAUUUUCAGACUUGAAGAAUGCAAUUAAAAAGAUUGACCAAUCCUUGAAGGAAAAAAAUAGAGCUAAAGGAGGAGGUAGAAGUGCCGACAAAGCUCAGCAAUCGUAUCCUAACCAAGAGAAAGCAUACCAACCUAGUCAUGACAACGCACAAGUACCACUUGCAGCUGAUAACGAUAUAUUCGCUAAACCUAUUGCUACUUCGGAACCUCCAUCAAUUUUCAAGAGAACUCAACAUGCUCAACCACCUCAAGGUUGUUCAUGUGGAGAAUCGGAUGAUCCAGUCCAAACUAAUAACUUUUCAAAUAACUUAACAUUAGGGGACCAAACAUUUCCAGUAUGGACAUUACCAUAUUCUCUUUGGUAUACCAUGGAUCCUGAUCAAGACGUGGGGUUUGCUUUCAACCACACUGAUGCGUCGCAAAGAGUAUUCGGGCCAGACCCAGAUUCCAACCCGGCUCAAUUUUAUUUUAAUCCACCCAAGAUUAAAUCUUUUGUUCUAUCUGGGGCUAACUUCAGGGAUAACAAUGUUAGCGUAAAAUUAGAAAAUCACAACAAAUUAUCAGUUACAUCUAAACUUGUCUUGGAUAAUGAUGCUAACAAAAACGUCACUGUUCCACUUGUCCAUGGAAUGGGAUUCAUUACUGCUAUUUAUAACAACAUACAGCCUGUGAUCGCUUCGCAAGUUGGUGUUCAAGACUUUAAGCACGUAGGUCUGGUUGGUAACGUUACUAAAUACAAAGUGACUUUGUUUAAUCAAGUUGUUUGGUCAUUAUACGUUUCUGGCGAUACUAGCAUAAAGCUAAAUUUGCAAGAUCCUAAUCAUAUAGUUGCCGAUAAAGUUUCCAGUAAUUCUAUAAUUCAGAUUUGUCGUGGUGAAUCAAAAUUUUAUGAUGAUAGCUGUGGUAUCUACGCCGACUCUUGUCAUCUUCAGGGAUCAUGCACUUCAGGAGAUGGCAAAAUCUGCCAAUACAAAUUUAUCUAUGGAAUGAAGGGUAGUUCCAAGUCAGGAAAUGGUAUUGUUUGGUGUCUUCCGCAUCAUCAAGAAGUGUUAACUAACGAAAUAAAGAAAAGAGAUACGAAAUUGGAAUUAGAUUCAACAACCAAAGGUUUGAUGAAGGCAUAUGCCACUAAUGAAUUGAUUAUGGAAGAAACAGAUUUACCAGUAGCUGUUAAUUGGGAACCAUGGUCUUCUCUUAGCUCUUUUAAAGGCAAACCUUCAUAUUCAGAGGGGGCGAAGAAUAUAAUAAGGACCGCUGCUGAAGAUGAAGUUCAACAAGAUGUUGUCGGUAUGGCGAAUAUAGAUUCUAUGUAUACAUCGGGAAAGAUUUUAGACAAAUUUGCAUACAUUGCGUAUGUUUGCCAUUUUAUAUUGCAAGAUGAUAAAUUAACCUCCACUAUCCUUCCCAAAGUACAGGAAGCAAUUGAAAUAUUUGCUCGCAAUCAUCAGAAGUUCCCAUUAGUCUAUGAUUUGUCCUGGAAAGGAUUAAUAUCUUCCGCAGAACCGGGCGCCGAUUUUGGAAACUCAAAUUACAAUGACCAUCAUUUCCAUUAUGGGUAUCAUAUUCAUGCUAUUGCUCUCGUAGCGAAGGUUGAUGAAUCUUUCGGAAAGAAUGAAUGGCUCCAUAAAAAUGAUAAUUUAGUGCUUAACUAUGCAUUGACAUUACUUAGGGACGUUGCCAAUCCCUCUAAAGAUGACAAGUACUUCCCUCAGUCAAGGUCAUUUGACUGGUAUCAUGGACAUUCUUUUGCGCAUGGUAUAUUUGCUUCGGGCGAUGGAAAAGAUGAAGAGUCUUCAUCAGAAGAUUAUCAUUUCGCAUAUGGUAUGAAACUUUUUGCUAAGAUUAUUAAGGAUUCGAAUAUGGAAGUUCGAGCAAACUUAAUGUUAGCAAUUAUGAAGAGAUCAAUGAAUAUGUACAUGUUAUAUUCUGAUGAUAACAAAAUUCAACCUAAGAGAUUUAUUAAAAAUAAAGUUGCGGGUAUUUCUUUUGAAAAUAAGAUUGAUUUUGCAACUUACUUUGGUAGAGGCCAAAUUGCAGAUGAAUGGAUUCAUGGAAUCCAUAUGCUACCAAUCACGCCGGUCUCAUCCUAUAUUAGAAAUGGGGACUUUGUUCAAGAGGAAUGGGACCAGAAAUUGGCAGGAAUUAUAGACCAAAUCACUGAUGGCUGGAAAGGCAUAUUAAUGUUGAAUUUUUCUCUUACUAAUCCUAAGCAAUCAUGGAAAUGGUUUUCAAGAAAAGAUUGGGAUAAUACGUUGAUAGAUAAUGGUAUGUCGAGAACUUGGUCUUUGGCAUAUAUAGCUGGUAUUGGAGGAUCUGAUUGA